AUGAAGAUGGUGGUCGAGGUGAACGUUGCAAUGAGAGAGCGUUGGAAGGAGGGAAUGGGGAAGGCAGGUGCUCGUUGUCCGCUCCUUCCCUCUGCUCAGAAGCGAGGUCACCCACAAAAGAAAUCCUCAUCGCUCAGAAAAUAUUCCUUUCUCACCCUCCAAUGCACCGAACAAAACUACGAUCACCAUGGUGCGCCGCGAAACCCCCCUAUGCUCUUCGCUUCCGCCGCGCUUGUAGCGCUGAUCCUGUUCAUCUUUGCACCAGUGGCUGGCCCGACCAACGAGAGCAGCGCCGCCCCCACCACCCUGGCUGGCAUUACCCUGCCCCUCCCUGAUAGUGAGGGUAUGAUACGACUGUCCAUAAAGGACAUCGUGGAGCUAUACGCGCACUGCCCAGCCCCGAAACGGCGCAGUGAUCUUGAAAUCGCUGCCGAUUGGGCGAAAGCCCUCGGUCUCAUUUCCCUGGUGGGGGGGCCGGCGAUUUGGCUACAGUCGCGCGCCUGGUUCCCACGGUGUCGCUGGUUGGACGCCUUCGUCAAGGAACGUCCUGCCUCUCCUGCCACUUCUGCCACUUCUUCCACUUCUGCCUCUUCUGCCUCUUCUGCCUCUUCUGCCUCUUCUGCCUCUUCUGCCUCUUCUGCCUCUUCUGCCUCUUCUGCCUCUUCUGCCUCUUCUGCCUCUUCUGCCCCUUCUACCCCUCCUGCCCCUCCUGCCCCUCCUGCCCCUCCUGCCCCUCCUGCCCCUCCUGCCCCUCCUGCCCCUCCUGCCCCUCCUGCCCCUCCUGCCCCUCCUGCCCCUCCUGCCCCUCCUGCCCCUCCUGCCCCUCCUGCCACUCCUGCACCUCCUGCACCUCCUGCCCCUACCUUACCCGCCUACACGCCCGAGCACACCGUUCCUCCCGUGCAUAGCACGGCCCCUGAGCGAACAAGCCCCCCCCGAGCCCCUUCUCACCCCCUUGCCGCCCCGACGUGA